GACAAUGCUGGAACCAACAAGGCGGCUUCAAGCGGCACCUCCUUGAACACGAAGAGGCUUGAUGAUGACACUGAGAACUUAGCUCAUGAACGUGUGCCUACUGAGUUGAAGAAAGCCAUCAUGCAAGCCCGAGGGGAGAAGAAGCUGACCCAGUCCCAACUCGCUCAGCUGAUCAACGAGAAGCCGCAAGUGAUUCAAGAGUAUGAGUCAGGGAAAGCAAUUCCGAAUCAGCAGAUCCUUUCUAAGCUGGAUAGGGCACUUGGACCUAAACUCCGUGGGAAGAAGUAAUGACAAAAGCUCUUUAAAGGUAAAAAAAAGAAAAGCUAAUCGUGGUUCUCUCUCCAGUUCAUAUUGGUUGUAGAAACUUUCUUUAUAUGCCUGCUUUAAUGCUUAGUAGAGAGCUCUGCAAGUGAUCUUUUAUGGUGUAAGAAAAAAAACAAAAGCUGUUUGGAACCUUUUGUCAGUAUAAAUAAAUCCCUUUGUGUUCUC